AUGACGAUUACUCCUCCCUGCGAUGCUACUCCUAUUGCUGACAGAGGAAACUCUUCUUUCUCUCGUCCUACUGCUUUUCAUCUUGAUGACUAUACUCACCCGUGCCAUCCUCUUUAUGUACAUCCAUCUGAUGUUUUAGGAGCCUCUCUAGUUUCCACUCCUUUUGAUGGCACUAGCUAUGGAAACUGGCGUCGAAAUAUUCUGGUGGCCUUGUCUGUACGCAAUAAAUUGGACUUUUUAAAUGGCACUACUCAAAAACCACCUGUUGGUUCCCCUCUAGUCAGGCAAUGGCAACGUUGUAAUGAUUUGGUUGUGUCUUGGCUGACCAAUUCUCUCACCAAGGAGAUUUCUCGUAGUGUUGAGUAUUCAGAACUGGCCAAAGACAUUUGGCAUGAGUUAGAGGAGAGAUAUGGUAUGGCUGAUGGUGCUAGAAUUUUUGAACUUAAGAAGGAGUUAUCUCACAUUUCUCAGGGUCAUUUGGACAUAGCCUCCUAUUUCAACAAAAUAAAACAACUUUGGGAUGAAAUAGCUUCCAUUUCUGUUAAUCACCUCUCUGUAUGCACAUGUGGGGGAAAUAAAAAGGCUGAGGAAGAGCAGAAGGUUACCAAUUUUAAUGGGACUCAAUGA